GCAGUGGUGGGGGUUGAGGCAACCAACAAGAACAUCCAACAAGAACAAGCUACAUGUGCUGUUGCUGUCUGCUUUCCUCAAAUUUUCUAAAAACAGUGCUGUUUAGAACGUAUAAUUGUGUUGAAAGUGUCUUUGUGGAUGAGACACUUGUUAUCAGAGCUGUCUGAAAGGUAUCUUAGCAAUUUUGGCUGAAUUGUUUCGAUGGGGAAAACGAAACCAACUCCAGAUCACACGACGAAGGCGGUCGAAGCCAACCUGAAACCAGCAAAGCGAAAGCAGUGGGUGAAGAAGAGAGAUGAGCAACUCAAAGAUUUUGUUUCCCUUGCUGACACUGCUGGGUUCAAAGGACGGAAAGGAAAAGCAGGCAAAGUGAAAGAUGAGGGUGAAAAUAAUGAACUGCCUAAGUCACUUCGAAACUCCAAGGGAGGCAAGGCCUCUGGUCGCACCCCUGUUCCCAAAGAAAAAUUACUCAAGUACAGCCGAGGUGAUGGAAUGGAUGGGUCUGGGGUGAAAAAGAACGUUCUCAAAGCCAAAUUGGAGAGGCGGGAGAAAGCAAUAGAAUUUUCAACAGAACAGGCAGCCAGAUUGGAAAUUUUGUUACCUGAAGACACAGGUUAUCUGGAGGCUGAUGAUGGUGAGGUGACAAGACAAUUUGAUCAGAGUCAAAUUGCCGAUUCUGUCGAUAUUACAAGCGCUUCCAAACAGUUUGAUUUAGAUCUUCAGUUUGGACCGUACCGAUCAAACUACAGUAGAAAUGGGAGAUACUUAGCAAUUGGUGGUCGACGAGGCCACAUUGCUACCAUGGACUGGGUCACUAAAAAGCUUAUGUGUGAAAUAAAUGUUAUGGAAGAGGUUGUGGAUGUCCGGUGGCUGCAUGUUGAAACUAUGCUUGCAGUUGCACAAAAAGAGUGGGUAUACAUUUAUGACAACCAAGGCAUUGAGUUACACUGCCUAAAACAACUUAAUAGAGCUCUCCGUAUGGAAUUCCUUCCAUAUCAUUUCUUGUUGUCAACCGCUGGUGAAAACGGCUGGUUAAAAUGGCUAGAUAUAUCUGUAGGAAAGAUAAUUUCCCAAUUUAACACCAGAAUGGGUCGUUUGAACCUUAUGGUACAGAAUCCAUAUAAUGCUAUUCUCUGUUUGGGUCAUGCUCAAGGCACAGUAACUAUGUGGAGUCCAAAUGUUAAAGAACCAUUGGCAAAAAUGCUGUGCCACAGGUCACCAUUACUUGGACUCGAUGUUGAUCGCACCGGACAGUAUAUGGUAACAUCAGCAGCUGACAAAACUGUAAAAACAUGGGACCUUAGAAUGAUGUCUGGGCCUCUAACAGAGUAUCACCUGUAUGGACAUGCCAAUAACUUAGCUUUCAGUGAGAAAGGACUUGUAGCACUUUCCAUGGGAAACAUAGUUGAGGUUUAUAAAGAUCCGUGCCGAAACAGUGUUGAAAAGGCUUAUCUUCGACACAAGAGUAACGGUAGUGUCACGGGUCUCCAGUUCUCUCCCUAUGAAGAUGUGUUAGGAGUUGCGCAUGCUCGUGGAUUUUCAAGCGUACUUGUGCCAGGGAGUGGUGAGCCUAACUUUGAUGCUCUUGAAGCCAACCCUUAUCAGACUAAGAGCCAGCGAAGAGAAGCUGAAGUCAAAUCUUUACUGGAGAAAAUUCAACCUGAGCUCAUCACCUUGGAUCCCAAUACCAUUGCUCAGGUUGAUGUUCCAACUCUACAGGACAAAGUAGAAGCCAAGAAGAGCAUUCUGUUUUUGAAGCCUCCGAAGCUUGACUUUGAGCCUCGUAAAAGAGCUAAAUGGAGGUCAGGCACAGCCUUCGCUGCUAAGUCAAAGAAGAUUGUCAGAGAAGAUAACGUGCGGAAAUUUGUACAAACCAAAAGUAAACUUCUCAUGGAAGAGAAUUCAAAGAAGAAGCAAAGCAAUAAUGAGUCAAGAAAUGUGCUGGACAGAUUCAGGCCAAAAAAGUAAACUAGACUGUUCUAAUGUAGUAUGGCCUUUCCAAUUUUUGUUCUGAACUCAAAAGUUUUGUUGACUGUUGCAAUUUAUUGUGAUAUAAUCGAAAUAACUGUGGUUUGUGAUAUUCUGUGAAUUAAAUUGUCAUGUCAUGAAUCUCUUGAA